GGGCGGCCUGGCCGACCUCCCAGACUUGUUGGGCUGGGGCGGGCACCCACGGAGUGGCCCCGCCGGCCCCGCCGGCCCCGCGCGCCCGGGGCUCCGGGAGACAGGCUCAUCCCCGCCCCCUGAAGGCAGUCUCUACUUUAGAGAAGCAGCAUCUUUGCCGUUAGCCCGAGAACAAGGCUCCCCGGGCACCUCGGCUUCCCCUCCCGCGCGCGGUUCUUACACGAGGGGCCGCAGAGGCGAGGCUGGACCGCGGCGGUGCGAGCGGGAGGCAGCACGCCGCCGCCCUCACCCCGCCAGCCGCGGGGACCUCCGGUUUGCAGAGAAAAUGAUGCCUACGUGAAUCACAGUUGGUGCUAAAUUAACGGAGCAUGUGCAUGGUUAAAUGUGCCAGGUUAUAUUUGGCUGAACUUGGCUUAGGCCAGGCCGAGAUGCGGCUGCUGCUGCUCGUGCCUCUGCUGCUGGCCCCGGCGCCCGGGUCCUCGGCUCCCAGGGUGAGGCGGCAGAGUGACACCUGGAGCUCCUGGGGCAACUGGAGCCCUUGCAGCCGGACCUGUGGAGGGGGCGUCAGCUUCCGGGAGCGCCCCUGCUACUCCCAGAGGAGAGAUGGGGGCUCCGGCUGCGUGGGCCCCUCCCGGAGCCACCGCUCUUGCCGCCCCGAGAGCUGCCCCGACGGCGCCCGCGACUUCAGGGCGGAGCAGUGCGCCGAGUUCGACGGCCAGGAGUUCCAGGGGCGGCGGUACAAGUGGCUGCCCUACUACGGCGCCCCAAACAAAUGUGAACUGAACUGCAUUCCCAAGGGGGAGAGCUUCUACUACAAGCACAGGGAGGCCGUCAUAGAUGGGACACCCUGCGAGCCUGGCAAACGGGACAUCUGCGUGGAUGGCAGCUGCCGGGUUGUCGGCUGUGACCACAACCUGGACUCGUCGAAGCAGGAGGACAAGUGUCUGCAGUGCGGGGGUGAUGGCACGACCUGCUACCCCGUCACAGGCGUCCUUGAUGCCAAUGACCUCAGCAGAGGCUACAACCAGAUCCUCAUAGUUCCCGUGGGGGCCACCAGCAUCCGCAUUGAGGAGGCGGCCGCCAGCAGGAAUUUCCUGGCGGUGAAGAGCAUCCGUGGUGAAUACUACCUCAACGGGCACUGGACCAUCGAGGGCGCCCGGGCCCUACCUGUGGCCAGCACCGUCCUGCACUAUGAGCGGGGAGCUGAGGGGGACCUGGCGCCCGAGCGGCUCCACGCCCGCGGCCCCACCUCGGAGCCCCUGAUCGUCGAGCUCAUCAGCCAGGAGCCCAACCCUGGCGUGCACUUCGAGUACCACCUGCCCCUGAGCACCCCCCGGCCCGGCUUCAGCUGGAGCCACGGCUCGUGGGGCGACUGCAGCGCCACGUGUGGUGGAGGUCAGCAGACCCGCCCGGUGUUCUGCACCAUCGACAAUGAGGUCUACCCCGAACACCUGUGCCGGCACUGGCCGCGGCCGGCUGACCGCCGACCCUGCAGCCCUCAGCCCUGCCCACACACCAAGCGCUGGAAGACGGGGCCCUGGACGCCCUGCUCGGCCUCCUGUGAGGGCGGCUCCCAGUCCCGCACUGUCUACUGUGUCUCAUCUGAUGGCGCCGGCGUCCAGGAGGCUGCUGAGGACGCCGAGUGUGCGGCCCUGCCUGAGAAGCCCCCUACCAUGCAGGCCUGCAACCUGCAGCACUGCACAGCCUGGAGCGCAGCGCCCUGGGGCGAGUGCUCUGUCAGCUGUGGCGCCGGGGUCCGGAGGCGGACCGUCACCUGCCGGGGUGACGAGGGGUCUCUGCUCCACGCCACAGCGUGCUCCUUGGAGGACCGUCCCCCCCUCACUGAGCCCUGUGUGCAUGACAGCUGUCCCCCCCUCAGUGACCAGGCCUGGCACGUAGGCGCCUGGGGUCUAUGCUCCAAGAGCUGCAGCUCGGGCACUCGGAGGCGCCAGGUGGUCUGCGCCAUUGGCCCGCCCAGCCACUGCGGGAGCCUGCAGCCAUCCAGGCCUGCGGAUGUGGAGCCCUGUAACACGCAGCCCUGCCAUGUUCCUCCAGAAGUCCCCAGCAUGCAGGACAUGCACACCAGCCCCAGGGACCCGUGGAUGUCUCUGGGCCCACGGGAGGCCCCCGCCUCAGAUUUCAGAGACCAGUGGUGGGCACCCCAGGAGCAACCCUCAGCUCAGGGUAACCCCAGAGGCGACCAGAGCCCACACCUGCCAGCCCCGGGCCCAGCCCCAUCUCUGCGGCACUCCUCACACCGGCAGCCCCUGCGGUCUGGCUUGGCGCCCCGUGACUGCAGACACAGCUCCCAUGGGUGCUGCCCCGAUGGCCACACUGCAUCUCUUGGGCCGCAGUGGCAAGGCUGCCCGGGGGCCUCAUGUCAGCAGAGCAGGUUCGGGUGCUGUCCUGACGGGGUGUCUGUGGCUGAGGGGCCCCAUCAGGCUGGCUGUGCGAGCAAUUAUGGACGCGACAACACCGGGAGCAGGCCACGGUCGAGAGAGGUGGCUUCCACAGCCCAGCAGAAUGAGCCCAGUGAGUGCCGGGGCUCCCAGUUCGGCUGUUGCUAUGACAACAUGGCCUCUGCGGCGGGACCUCUUGGGGAAGGCUGUGUGGGCCAGCCCAGCUACAUGUACCCCGUGCGGUGCCUACUGCCCAGCGCCCAUGGCUCCUGCAUGGACUGGGCCGCCCGCUGGUACUUCAUCGCCUCCGUGGGCCAGUGUAACCGCUUCUGGUAUGGUGGCUGCCAUGGCAACGCCAAUAACUUUGCCUCGGAGGAGGAGUGUGUGAGCAGCUGCCGGGGACCCCAACAUGAGCCCCGCCGACACGACCCCGGGGCCUCUGGCCAAAGCACCCAUAGAGACAGUGGCGGCAGCAGUCCUGGGGGCCAGCAGGAGGCCAGCCGGCACGGGACGGGGCCUGUGGUCCAGAGAAAGCCCUUGCCUUCCGGUGGCCUGUGGUGGCGAGAUCAAGAGCCUGGGCCGGGGGCCGUGGACCACAGACAGGCCUUUGGAGAAGGGCCCCAGGGCCAGGAGCUUGGGCCCAGUGCCCCUGGACUGGGCGGAGACACAGGACCACCAGCGCCACCUUCCCACAGCUCCUCCUACAGGAUCACCCUGGCAGGCUCGGAGCCCUCCCUGGUACAGGCGGCCCUGGGGCAGCUGGUGCGGCUCUUCUGCCCAGAUGACAGCUCCCUGGACCCCCACGCCAGGUGGCAGAAAGACGGGCGGCCCAUCUCCUCUGCCAGGCACCAGCUGCAGCCCGAUGGCUCCCUGGUCAUCAGCCCCCUGUGGGCAGAGGAUACUGGCACCUACAGCUGUGGCAGCACCAGGCCAGACCGUGACUCUCAGAAGAUCCAGCUUCGCAUCACAGGGGGUGACGUGGCUGUGCUUCCUGAGGCUGAACCAAGGCACUUCCCUCAGACCAGGGACCCAGCCCAGGGCCACAGUCCUCGGGACCGCAGCCUAGUGGGCGGUUCUGGGGGCCGAGGGGCCGUCUCCUCCUCGCACCCACGGCCCACAAGCAGGCUGCUUCUGGACCGGCACCAGCCUGGGGUGGUGGACGCCCAUCCAGGCCAGCGGAUCCGGCUGACCUGUCGUGCCGAGGGCUUCCCACCGCCAAGCGUCGAGUGGCAGAGAGAUGGGCAGCCCCUCUCUUCCCACAGACACCAGCUGCAGUCCGACGGCUCCCUGGUCAUCAGCCGCGUGGCUGUGGAAGAUGGAGGCUUCUAUACCUGUGUUGCAGUCAACGGGCAGGACCGAGACCAGCGCUGGGUCCAGCUCAGAGUUCUGGGGGAGCUGACAAUCACAGGGCUGCCCUCUACGGUGAUGGUGCCAGAAGGUGACACGGCCAGGCUGCUGUGUGCGGUGGCGGGCAAAAGCGUGAACAUCAGAUGGUCCAGGCUACCCCGGGUUUCUCAACCUCGGCACUAUUGAGAUUUUGGGCUGACACGUUCAUCUGUUGGGGUGCGCUGGAGGACUCCUAGCAGCAUCCAGGCCAUCCACCCGCCAGAUGCCAGCGGCACUCCCUCCCAAGUUAUGGCAAUAAAAAGUCUCCAGAUGUUGCCAAAUGUCUCCUGGGUGACAGAAUCUCCACUGGCGUUGAGAAACCCUGGGCUGCACACAGCUUUGAGGACUUCAGCGGUCUUUUACCCCAAAUCUGUCGGUCUUUUAUUCAUUCAGCGGUUUUUUGCCCACUUCCUCCUUGCACUAUGUCAGGACUCGGCUAGGUUCUGGGAUCCUGGGGUAAUCUGAGUCCCCCAGAAACUUCCAGGCAGGAGAUGGCCCAGUGUCCCCCAGGCUCCAGAGGUUUGCCCUAAGUGCGUCUGUGCGCAGUGGGGUGAGGCUGUCUCCUGUCUGGGAGAAUGGAUGAAGGGAAGGAUGUUCUUGGUCAAGCCUCAAGGGUGAGUACUGGAGCGACGAUGCCGGGAUGGGAAUGGGCCCGCACACUGGCAGGAAUGGUGAGGGUCACGGAGGUCGGCUGCCUCUCAGUGGCCUUGAUGCCAGGGAAGGUGGUGGGAGCCUCUGCAGGCUUCUCAGCUGGUGCUCUCAGCCAGCCCUGCCCUGAUCAGCUGUGGCUGUGAUUAUCCUAUCAGGCCUGGAUCUUCCCAGCAGCAAACAUGCUCAGGACACCCCUCUUCAAAACGAACAAACAUAAACACACCCUCCUCUGACCCAGUGUUUCCCUGCAGUGGGGUCCUAUAUCGCGUCCCCUUCAUGCACGGCUGUUUACAUUGUCUCGGUCUGCUCACCUCCCUGCUGGCAGCUCAGCCCUUGCCCCGGGGCCUCUCCUCCACCCCCGCACUCCCAUGCCAGGGACAUUGCCCUGACCGAGGUCACCAGUACCUCCCUGUUCCUCAGUCCUUGAACAGACUCAGUCCCACAUGACCUGCAGUCUCCUUUCUGCUUCUCCAGCUGCUGCUUCUGUUUUCCUGGCCCGCUCAUUGCAUCCCUCUCUCUGAGAGGCUGGUGUACCUUGAGGUCUGUCCUUGGUCCUCGGUCCUCGGCUUUUCUCUCUCUAACUUCACCUUGGGUAGCCCUGUAGACAUGAAGUUUCCAGGACCAUCAGUGCUGAGACACUAUCUGGGUCCAGACCUCAAAUCUGAUGCCUCCUGGUGUCUCACAGCACCCGAAAUGCGAAAUGGGGGAAAAUAACCUCACCAUUCACCCCUCAUCCUGCCCUGGAUCUCCCCACAGUAGGGGGGCACCACCACUGCCCAGUAACCAAGCUAGGAACCUGCUACCCUUGAUCUCUUCUUCUCCCCCACCUCUCACCUCUGACCCUCACCCAGGUCCCUUUGCUUUACUGUCUGCCUCGUCAACCUGUUUGCACACCUGCGGCAGCCUCUCACCUGGCCUCUGCCCUCGGGCUUGUCCCUGCCCCACGCUGCGGUUGGUGAUCCUUUCCAAGCACACGUGGCGUUGUCAGUCCUGCUCAGCUCACACCCCUUGCUCACCCCCAGGAUCCGGUCCAGACUCCUGACCGGAGCCGUGCGCACUUCCUCACACGCCCACUCUCCUCGCUCCGGCCGUGGCCUUCCUGCAAACCCCCGAGUCCCCGUGUCCUCCCUGUCAGCCAGCUGCUCCUCCUCACCCUCAGGUCAGGCCUCGGCCAGCUGUCCUCCUCAGGGAAGGCUCCCCUACCACCUGCACCCCGCCCCACCUCCCUGGAGGCAGGGGUGCUCGUGUCCUUCAUCCCGCUGCUUAGAGGACCUCUGUUGAGGAAGAGGGAGAGUGAGACUCCUGUGGGGAUAAGGGGCAGAUCUGGGAUAUCCUGGGAUAAGGGGCAGAUCUGGGUUAUCCUGGGAUAAGGGGCAGAUCUGGGAUAUCCUGGGAUAAGGGGCAGAUCUGGGAUAUCCUGGGAUAAGGGGCAGAUCUGCAGUCACUUAGGUCAGCUGGUGUGAGUCCACCUCACUUCCGAGGUAUUUUGCUUCGGCGUCGCUGGUCUAUCACCUUGGUACCAGACCCACCCCUUCCUUAAGGUGAGGGGCUGCGAAGAGGGAGUCGUUGGCUCUGGAGUGGCCUUGGAUUGCCUCCUCCCCCUGGCCCCGGGAGGCCUGGCACAGCUU